AUGACCCGUCCUCCCCAUCACGGGACGCCACCGCGGCCGGCUCCGGCGACGCUGUCCCAGGUUGGUUGGAGCAGCCGGUUUGGACUAAAGCACCUGGUAUCUUACAUUUCAGGCAGAGGCGGCUUUACUGCAACCGCAGCUGUCAGCGAGAGGGAGGAGCAACGCCACAAGGCCAAGGAGAACCUGGACGUCGGAGCAGCGGUCACUGUCUUCGGUAUCGCCGUGCUGCUGGGUGGGCUCUUCCUCCCGAAGGAGGCCAAGCAGCCGGGCAAUAAUCGGGAAGGCCCUCGUGCUGCUCAGCCUGAACAUGAUGGGCCGCCAAGUCCUCGUCUCGGUGGCCACCGCACCUCGGCCAAGUGCCUGGUCGCCGCAUGCGCCGUGCUGUCGGUGCUCACGCUGCUCAGCCUACUCGCGCUCCUGCCGGGCGGUGUGUACCUGUACAUCGGACUGUCCGUGGUUACGGCGGUCACCCUGUCGGCCGCCGGUGCGCACUGGUGGCUCCUCAGGCGCAUGAAUAACGGCGGCGGCGGCGGUGAGUGCCGCCGCAGCGUGCGACGACGAGGACAAGGUCAAGGAGGAGCUGGACGCGGCGUCCAAGACGACAUGCGGCAUCACGAACUCGGCGUUCGGGGCCCCAUCGGCGUCCUCUUCAGCGCGUCCAAGAUCUCCGGCGCGGCGGCGGGCUCCGUCGAAAGCGCCGCCCACGCCGCCAUCUUCUUCACGUUCACGACCGCUAUCCUCGGCGUGUUCGUGCUGACGGUGUCGAAGGUGGUCACCAACCAACGACGACGAUGCAGCAGGCGGCGGCCUCGCCAUCGCCACGGCCAUGAGGCUCGCCAACGCGCUCCUGCUCUGCUCGCUGGCGUGCGCCGCGUUCGCGGCAGCCUUCGUGGUUCUGAGGAGGCCCGGAUCAAGGCGCUGGAGGACAUCGCGAGCAAGGUGACGGCGGCGACGUUGGGAGGCAUCAUGAGCAUCCUCGGUGGUGCGCUCGGAGAGGAAGACCGCGACAAGUGGGGAUCCACCUCCACCGGCGUCCUCAUGGUCGUCCUCACCUCGGCGUUCGUCUCGGGCUUCGGGUUCAUGGUGCCUCGGUGGUUCCCAGGCUCCGCCACGGCGAUCCUGGCUCCAGUCGCCCGGGUGCUGGUCUGGUCCACCGUGGCGUUGUUUACGGGCACUGCUGUUGCUGUUUACGGCGUGGAGGUGUCAGGGCUAGACAAUCCGAAGGAGAAGCCGUGA